GUUAGGAAAAUUUUCAAAAAUAUUCGAGAGUCUGGAAACAAUCGAAUUCGUUAGAAAUGGAUAUAUUAGAAUUGAUUUGAAGUGUAACGAGUGAUCCCUUAGAUGUGUUGGAGGAUAGCUCUAGACUUGCAGCUUUUAUUUGCUUUAUACUGGCAUUUUUUAUUACUCCUUCGUUUCAUGUGGUUUCUACUUCGGAAUCAUUGACGUAAAGCUUCGCAUUAGCCAAAUUAUUAGCUGACUGCUGGGAAACUCCAAAUAUUCUGUGAUGUCAGGGUAUCUUGAAGCUUGCUAUUAAGAAUGCGUAGGAACUAAGAGUAAAAACUCGUUUUACUUUUCAUUCGUGAGAUUCACAUAAAUUUUUUGCAAAAUAAUUUGCGAAUGCUCUGUCAUUGCACAUAAUUGUAUUCAUGGACUCUCUAAAUGAACUUUUUAAAUACUCGCUCAUCGCAAUUAAAUACGAAUUUAACUAGUUUAAUAUGCGCAAUUUUAGAAUAGCCUAUCAGAUAAGCUUUGCCAUUUUCAAUAUCAUUGGUUAUACAUAUGUAGAUAUAUUUGAGCACAUUUCGCCGCUUUGUUUGUGGAGUUUCAAAGGUUCGGUUGCUGCUCAGACAGAUCUUAAUGCCGAGGACGACCUCAGUGCGAAAAUGUGGCGAAAUAAUAUAUGAAGGAUGGGCGGGGGUGUACUCGUAUUGUUAACAAACCUUGAAUUGUAUAUGGAUAACUAAUUUCUAUCCGACGCCGACGGAUAUGAUUUGGGAAGAACCAAACCACUUAUGGUGAACUGUUUCGAUGUCUUCGAUGUUACUUACAUUUAAGUUACCUCAAUCUCACCACAGAUACAUGAGUGUUUGUUUAUGGAUAUACAUAUGAAUUUAUGAAAAAUAGGCCCUAAUGAGCAUUUUGUGGUGGUCGACCGCGCAUUAUAAAUUUAAUUGCAAACUCGUCUCACAUUUAUGGUGGAGCGUCUACAAACAGACAUGCAAACAGUUGUAUAUUCACAGGUAGAAUAGUUCAGUUGCGUGUGUGCUUGCUCACUUUCAUAAAUUCUAUUUCUAUUCGAAUUUGGGCCAACCGAACGCCAACAACAAUGAUUUUGGCCAAUGAGCCGAUGGAUAUCAGUUGGGCGAAAUUAGAGAAAAUCCAUAUAAACCAAAAACGCAAGCUCGAGUGGUGGCUCAGAAGUACUUAAGCUUUCGUGGUGUGCAGAAGCGUCAGCACUUUGUGAAUUCACAUAGAACCGAACGGAACAGAACAGAACAUACCAAAUUGUUAAGCGGCAGAUAUUCAAAACAGCAUUAAGCGUAGAAAUGUCAUCAGCAUGUCAUGGUCUAUUAGCGUUGCUGAUCAUUACGCUAAUCGUCGAUUGCCCAUGGCCCUGGCCUACACGUGUAACGCAAGCGAUGAGCAUUCCAACGGAACGACCGGGCCAUACAGAGUCAAAACUAAAUGAUACGGGCAGCGCGCUCUUCCAGUUGCCCACACAAAUGGACGAGUACGCUGUUCUGGAAGAGUUGGGCAGGCUCACAUUAGCCAGCAUGAACCAGAGCAUGGAUCCGUGCGAGGACUUUUACGAAUACGCUUGCGGCAAUUGGAAGCAGGCCGAAUUGGUGCCGGCGCAUUCGCGAAAUAACUCAUUUCUGAACGCCAUGCAGUAUUCGGUUAAUGAAAUGCUGACUCAAUACUUGAAAAAUGCCACCGAGAAGGAAUUGAAACUGGAUAACGCGGAGUCGAAGGCGAAGACGUUUUUCGCAUCUUGCAUGCGCAUGAGCAAGGACAUGUCCGUGGGCUAUAAACUGCUAUUGGAGACGGACGAAUUCGCCUUCAACUUGAAUGAAAAGCAAGAAUCGAAUGAGACAUUCGAUUGGAUCAACUUGAACUUCUUGUCUCCCUAUGGCAUGUAUGCCUUGCUGCCUCUUAAGAUACACUAUGACACAGAGAGUCGCAAGUUCGAUGUGCUGCUGAGCACCUCGGGGAAGGUGCUGGGCAACUCAGAUGUCAUCGACAUUAAGAAUCUAACGAGAGAUUUCAAAAUUGAGGGCGAAGAAGAACUUCGGCAAUUCAAUGGCGAAUUUCAGGCUGUCAUCGAUUUUGAAAAGAAUCUUACGAUGCAUACGAAUCGGCGGAACCAAACAGAGGAGCUCACCUUGGGCGAAUUCAAAUUGAAGUACAAGGACAACAUGUUGAACUGGACACGUUACUUCGACAUAGCUUUCAAUGGCAGCGCGAAGAAUGACUGGAUUAUACAAAAUACCAUCGCGAAUGUGGACCCGCUUGUGAAUUUCUUGCAAAAAACUGACUUGGAUACUCUGAGGAGUUAUCUGAGAUGGCGCACAAUUGUCAAAUUCUAUUAUAUAUGGAAGUACGAGACGAGCGAUAAGUCCACGGAGAAUAACUGCCGUGAUCUCACGGGUCAGUACUUCAAUUACGCACUGCUCCCUUGGUUCAUAGACAAUGUUUACGAUGCCGAUCGACGGGAAGAUAUUUUACAACUAGCCAAACACAUUAAAGAAACCUUCUACGAUUUCUUGGGCAAGUAUACGUGGUUGGAUGAUGAAACGCGUUCGGGUGCGAAGACGAAGCUGCGUGCCAUGGACAUUACUGUCGGCUACUCGGAUGAAAUGCGUAAUCGUGACGUCAUCAACCAUGUGUACGAAGACGUGCAGAUUGGCGACAAUUGGUACAAGAAUUUACAAGUGGUCGAGAAGAACCGUGCCAGAGUGCGUAUGCGCUCGGUUAAUAAGGCAAUAAUACCACCACUUAUGUCAACGCGCGAUGUGAACGCCUACUACGCGGACUUUCUGAAUUUGGUCUUCAUAGGCAUCGGUAUCUCGCAAGCGCCAUUCUAUCACUUGAAAUAUCCUGCUUCAAUCAAAUUUAGCGGUAUUGGUAACAUCAUUGGUCACGAGAUGGCGCAUGGCUUUGAUUCCUAUUGCUACCAAUAUAACUACGAUGGCAAGAAGCUUAACUGGUGGACCGAGGCGUCUUUGCGCAAUUUCAAGGAGCGCUAUCGCUGCUUGGAGUCACAGUACAACAAAUAUGUAUUCCACGGCGUGCUAACGAAUGGCACUCUCACUUCCGGUGACAACAUUGCAGACAACGUGGGCACGCGGAUCUCCUAUCAGGCAUACCUGAAUAGUUAUGGCAAACUGGAUGGGGACAAGAAGCCCAUACCCGGUGUGAACUUGACCAACAAGCAAUUAUACUUUUUGAAAUUUGCCCAAACAUGGUGCACUGGCAAAGAUGACGCCUCCAAGGUGCGACGCAUGAAGACCGACGUGCACGCUUACGAGGAGUUCCGAGUCAUUGGAACUCUGCAAAAUAUGCCGGAGUUCAGUGAGGUGUACAAGUGUAAAUUAGGUUCGGACAUGAAUCCGUUAAAGAAAUGUGUGAUUUGGUGAAUGGACAACGAGAGAAUAAAGUGAAAAAUGAAACAACAAUAACCAUAUAAGAGUAGUUACAUAAUAUUGAAAUAAGUUUCUCUUGGGUUUCUCAAAGAUAUUUUCUGUGUUGGUUUUUUAGUUUGAUGAAGCCGUCAAAUUUCAAAAUUCAAAAUGAAUUUUUACUGCAAAGGCUCCUCCGGUGUAUAAUAAUAAAAAUUAUCUUUCGAAGGAGCUGAUGCAGUAUAAUGCACCUUUUUCGCGAGUCUACCGACAUCAUUUUAGAUGUACAAAAUCCCUUUGUUUCACAUAGUGUAACUCUAUUGGUAACGGAUUUCUCAGAACAAUGGGACUUCUCAGCGGCAACAAAUCCAUAAAAGAAGAGUCAUAAUCAAUAUUACAUGCAUGCUCACAUACACAGGGAACAGGUGAGAAGGUUGUCACAUGAGGCACUGAGUUGAAACGAAUGAAAACAAUUAGAAGAUUUGGCAUUAUUAAUUGUCAGCCUAGCAGCAGGUAAGUGCUCUUCAGAAAUCUACGAAACAAUACUGCACAACAACAACAGUCGGCAUAACAUUUAGCCGAGAUUUCAGUAUUUAACGGUAUACUUUUGUCGAGUAGUGCACAAUUAGAUUGCUUAACCCAAACAUUUAAGUAAAAUUCUUCUUUAAAAGCGAAUUUUCUUUUUAUAUAUGUAUGUACGUAUGUAUCUGUGUGUAUUUGCGCUCAUGCGUGCCUUCGUUCGAAAUCUCCGUUGCAUAGAACUCCUGUGCGCAUAAUAAUUUAUUGACUUACAAAAGACAGCCAACCGGCUGCAGUUAUCUGCCAAACUAACGGAUUUUAUGGUCUUUCAGUGUGUUUCGGCGCCAGAGUUCUCAUUAGUGACUGCGUCGAGAUGGGUUUUACCUGCUCGCCGAUUUAAAUCUAACACUAACUGUGUGCCUUUUUGACUUAUUGCUCACUUUCUUUUUAAGCCGAAAGAUCAUCGUGUAUAUUCGUUAGUCAUUUGCAUUUUCGUUCAGUUUGUCAGAAACUCAUCAUAGUUGGACGUGAUUGUAGUUUCGGUUUUCCCUCCUUCCAUGUGCUCUUGAUUGCAAAGAGAUUUGUUUUAAUAUAAAUUAGCAAAAAGUGCAGUUUGAGUAAAUGAAUUAGAACGAAUUUCGUACUUGUAGAGAUCGGCCUGCCUUUAGGCUGCCCGAACUCAAACAACCGGCAGCUAGUGCCUUGUGGUGUCGUAGUUGCACUUGGCUGUAGAGUAGGCUUCGCGGCCCAGCAACAACAUGUUACCUUAAUUACAUGCACAGCCUCUGAGUUGGUCAGCGGCUUCCAUGGGAAUCAGGGCCAACCGGCCAUAUACCGGCAUACAGGCCGGUGUAUGAUCUUUCCGAUCGUCGGUGAACAAAUGGGCGUUAGCGCAGCCGCAACCAUGUCGCAGUUGCGGACGCAGAAGCCGAGCAAGCGGCAGCUUGGGAACGGACACAUGGACGAACAAUCAGGCAGAGCUGACUGCCGCGGAUGCGAUCUUCCCAGAGUAAUGGCCGCAGCAGCAGCUGCCAUAAUAUUGCAAUAUGAAAUGGUGAAUUAUGAAAAUCGUUCAGAACCGUUUGUUGGGCCAAGCGGAGCGGGCAGCAAAGAAGCGGCGUCAAAAACGCAAAAUAAGCUCAGCAUCAUGAGGCCACAUAAUGCAUGCAACUGUGGCUGCCGAUUUUCUUAUUUUAUUAAGUGGAGAUGAUCAAUUUAAAUAUUUCCUUCGCUGGUGCCUACACGAACGCGUCGCCCCUGACCUUGCUGCCAUGCCGUGGCUUGUUCCAUCGACCGCCUGCGCAUCCAUCUCGUGGCCCGGGUUAAUGGAGUGUUCCCAACCGAUGUAUGGAAGCAAUAUUUACGUGGUCAGUGGCAAUUGAGCACAAAAUAUGGUUGGACAUGCUUGUUGUUGCUAUUGUUAUUAUUAUUAUCAUCAUUGUUGUUGUUGUUGUAGCUGCUGCUGGUGCUGUAGCAGCUAUUGCUGUUGUCUCAGUAAACGCCCUGACGUUACGCCCGCUCGUACUGCCGCACUAUGGAAGCACCUACCACAACAAAGAACGCUAAGCGAAAACAUUUUAGCGGACCUCAUGAAACCACAACAACAACAACAGCAACAGCUACGUCCGAUCGCACGCAGCAAGUGUUGCAUGCGAUUUCGACAAAUAUUCACUCGUGUGUGUGUGUGUGUUUGUGCGCUCGCGCACUCCUGCCCGCGAUUAUCUAAAUUGCAUACGAAAUUAUUUUAAUUAAAAAUCUAAUUUAGCAUUUUGUUUUUGGGCCUGUGAAAGAUGUUUAACAUAUUAGAGUCAGGAGAGACUACGGGUAUUACAGCGGGGCGCUCGCGCAACGGCUCAAGUUAUCCACGUCGCAUUGGCCAUAAGGCCGAAUAUGACCAUAUACGCACGAACCAUCUCGUGAAUAUAUACACACAUACGUAUGUAUAUAUCAAGUAUAUGUGAAGAGUAUGCAUAAAAGUAUCGGCGAAUGCCAGCACAUCAACAUAAGGAAAGGGGCAUCUAUAUACCCCGAUAUAUACCGGCAACAAAGUUAGUGUAUUACAAAGUCCCACCCAUGGGAAAGUUUGUGCAGCUUUGCAUCAGGCUAUUAACGCUUUUGCAUUUGAAGCAAACCAUGGAUAGGUUCAAAGCAUCACAAGCUGAGUGACAGCCACAGAGCACACACAGUGACACAUCAAAUGGACACAUUCUUCUAUCUAUAGCAUUUUUGCCUUCAUUUAAAAGAUCUUUGAAAUGGCGAGGUCCUGAUCCGUUGAACCGUUGAAUAUUAAGCUGUGCUUUCAUCCAGACAGCACAUUUCCUUCCUAUUGCAAACCCUACUUACUACCUAAACAUUGAGUUUAUUAUAUUGGUCUAAAUAAAAAGCGGGAAAAUACUUGAACAAAUAGUUUUGAAUUUUUUUGAACUGAGGCACGCAUUCUCAAACGAGUUCUACGGCUUUCAUACACACUCGUGCAUAUACAUAUGUUGCAUGUAAUUAAAAUUUCGCGUCGAAGAGGUGUGAAAAUACGUCAUGUGGUCAGUUGAAUCGAUCAUUUGUCGAUCGACGAGCAUUCGCUGCUCUUACAUUAGCUCCAAUUGAUCGCAGGCCUUCCGCUCCGCUACAAAUGAGUAUGUAUGCGAGUGAUUAAUGAUCGUUGAUUUGAGGUUCUGGUGUAUUUUCCGGUGCAUCCUUUCAACAUUUCCAAAUGCAUUUGUGAGAAUUUACAUGUCUACUAUGCUUAUGUUGCAAUGAAGGUACGAUUAUGCAUGAGUGCAUCAACUGGCUUGGCAUUAGAAUAGGGUAUGAUUGCCAAAUUGCCUGGGAUCAAUUACAAUAUCCUGCUAGUACGUACGAAUACAUGUGUUCACAAUACUUUGUUAUAUAAUAUGCAAGUAUUAUUUUCCUAAUUUGAAUUAAAUACAUGAGAGACUGAAUAUAUUCAUUUGAGCGUUUAUAAGUACGUUCCUAUAAUGAGUGGAUAUGUAAGAGAAUGAGAACGAAUAUUU